UUUAUAUGACACGCAUUUUCGUGUCCGUACACCUUCAUUUUCUCCCUUGCGCCAAACUCAACUUCCACCAUCAGCCACGGCGGUUCGCAGAAGAAACAACAGCAUUUCGUGAAAGCACACACGCCUCGUGUGACCAGUGAGCCUAUAUUGAACUCUGACAAUCGCCACAUAGGAAUCGUUACUCUAUUCUCAUAUAAACAAUAAAAUUCAUAGGAUAAUCAAUAAAUAAAUGGCUAAUCGGUUGCUAAAGCGUUUUUUUCAUGACCUGUACUGCAACAGAAAUCUCAUUAAGGGACAAGAAAAGUACAGAAGGUUUGUGUAUGGAGUUUUAAGUAGGUGUCAAUCACAAAUGUCAAAACCAGAUAAUGAACAAGUAGAGGCAUUGAAAGAAGAAAAGAAUGCACCGCAAGUUUCUUCAAGGCCAAAACUUGGAAAAUAUAGUUCUGAUGAUGAUGUGAAGGAUAGUAAGUGGAGAUUAGAGCUAGCUUGGCUCACAAAAGCUCUUGAACCAGCUCUUCAAUUAUGGAAUGGACUUGGAAACAGAACCCCUCCUACUGGUCGAUCCCUUAUGGAGAUUGUUGCAAGCAUUCAGCGGAGCAAGAUUGCAAUUGAGGGUUGGAGCUUGAGUGAUCUUACAAUUGGCUUAUAUCUUAUUUAUCUUCGUCAAUCAUCUUUAAAUCCCUUCGAGGAUUUUAAGGGUGUUCAAAUCGCUUCAGAAUUAGUAGUCCGAGACCUCAUCUACCACAUUGAGCUAGCAAAAGGCUCAUAUAAGGAUAAUGCUUUUUGGCUUGCAAGGAACAGCAUGCUUCGUGAAAGCAACAUUCUUAAAUUUGUAAAAGAUUCCAGUGUGAUGAGGCCUGGAUAUUAUAUAGGAGUUGAUCCUCGCAAGAAACUUUUAAUUGUGGGAAUUCGUGGAACUCAUACAGUCUAUGACCUUAUCACGGACAUAGUUACUUCAAGUGAUAGAGAAGUCACAUUUGAGGGCUUUUCAACCCACUUUGGCACAGCUGAAGCUGCUCGUUGGUUUCUUAAUCAUGAGAUGGGAACCAUAAGGAAGUACUUAGAGAAAUAUGAGGGAUUUAGGUUAAGGUUAGUGGGCCACUCUCUUGGAGCUGCUACAGCUUCUUUGCUGGCAAUCAUGCUCCGUAAAAAGUCACCUGAGGAACUUGGAUUUAGCCCUGACAUUGUUUCUGCUGUUGGAUAUGCAACUCCUCCAUGUGUGUCCAGAGAACUCGCUGAAACUUGUGCUGAUUUUGUUAAGACUGUAGUGAUGCAGGAGGAUAUCGUACCUAGAUUAAGUGUAGCUGCUCUAGGAAGGCUGAAGAACGAAAUUCUUCAAACUGAUUGGAUGAGUGUCAUCGAGAAGGAGGAUUGGAGAAGUGUUAUAGGUUUGGUCACAAAUGCGAAGCAGGUUGUAUCUUCUGUGCAAGAUGUAGCUCGGAAACUCGCGGAUUAUGCAAAGUUUAGGAGCAAUAAAAUUUUUCCUGAUCAUCCAAUCAGUAAGGCAUCAACCACUUCUCCUGGAAUAAUCACUUCUACUUCUGGAGCUACAACAGAGAAGGAUAUGGUCCUCGAAAAGGAAGGAGCCGCCUCUACAGUGCCCGAAGAGUUGUUUGUUCCAGGUACCGUUUACUAUCUAAAAAAGGACAUUGACGUUCAAACUUGCAGCCGAGAUGGCAGAGGAGUGGAAUUUUUCACACUCUGGAAGAGGCAUCCAGGUGAACAUUUCCAGAGAAUAGUGCUCUCGAGCAACAUAAUUUCAGACCACAAAUGUGAUAGCCAUUACUAUGCUCUGAGAGACGUGCUCAAAGCUUUGCCUGGGACCGGUGAAGAGGGGAUUUUUAGAUGAAAAUAAACCAAUUAUUACCUUUUUUUGGAUAAGAUGUUGAUGUAAAUUAUAGAAUUACAAAUUUUGGUUCUAAAAUAGCUAAUUGAAGUAAUUUUGAGGAUUCAUGUAGAAAUAAAUGUGCAGUAGUUGCCUAGUUGAAAUUGCAUUUGAGAUAUAUUGCCACUGUACCUUACUGGUCCCUAUUUUUAGUUGGGGAAAUUUCCAAACACCUCCUGUGUUUAUAAAUCUAGUAUUUUUCAUC